AUGAAAAGCAGAGCAUGGACUAUGCUGGGGGAUUAUAUGAUUAAUUAUCUUACAUGCAUGUCAUCGACAGUUUUUGGAGGCAGAGAUUAUAUCAUUAUAUGUGUAUUAGUCAUCAUUAGUGGCUUAACGAUGAGCAAAGUCGUUCAGCACUGCCUUUUGUUGGUUGAAUCGCUUAAUGAAAAUGAUAUGUCAAAUGUCGUUGUGAUGCUUGAUGAGAAGUUCUUCCGAUUACGUUCAAAGAUGAGACACGAGAACAAAUCUACAACAAAAUUACACUCUGUAGACAGAAGUUGA